AAAGUUCCUUUCUGAGUUUGUAACAUGUAAAUAGGAGAUUAGUGGGUGGGAUUGAGGUGUGCUCCGGUGCAUAAAUAGAAGCUGGGCUGACCUAGCACACUAGGAACCUUGGAAACAACGAAGCCAUCUGACUCACACAGACAGAUUUGCCAUGGAGAAGAUUUCACUAUCAACAUUCUUACUCCUUGUGGCUCUCUCCUACACUCUGGCUAAAGAUACCACAGUCAGACCGGGUGCUAAGAAGAACACAAAGGACUCCCCACCCAAACUGCCCCAGACCCUCUCCAGAGGUUGGGGUGAUCAACUCAUCUGGACUCAGACAUAUGAAGAAGCUUUAUACAAAUCCAAGACAAGCAACAAACCCCUGAUGAUUAUUCAUCACUUGGAUGAAUGUCCACACAGCCAAGCUCUAAAGAAAGUGUUUGCUGAAAAUAAAGAAAUCCAGAAAUUGGCAGAGCAGUUCGUCCUUCUCAAUCUAGUUUAUGAAACAACUGACAAACACCUUUCUCCUGAUGGCCAAUAUGUCCCCAGGAUUAUGUUUGUUGACCCAUCCCUGACAGUUAGAGCCGACAUCACUGGAAGAUAUUCAAAUCGUCUCUAUGCGUAUGAACCUUCGGACGCAGCUCUACUGCUCGACAACAUGAAGAAAGCUCUCAAGUUGCUGAAGACUGAAUUGUAGAGCAAAAACAAAAUUUGCAAGCUCUUCACUCUGUUAGGCCUUGCGACUUGGAACCAGAGAUUUCAGAAGACUCUGGAGAAAGCAGAAGCACUGGUGGCCAUGCUGAUAGAUUAUGGUUUAAUGUUACAACAGCUAUUUUUUUUUUUAAUUUGGUUUCAAGUAUGCAUAUAUGAAAACAACAUUGUAUGCUACCACAGUGAGCCAAACUUUUUAAAAAAAUAAAUCCUUUUGAGGGUGUUCAAACUGUUAUCU